GGCAGUCCAAUGAGCUGUCACUAUCAGCUGAUUAGUUGAGAAGUCUGUAGGAAGGAAGUAAACAAACGGAUUUUUUAAGUUUCGUUAACCUUGUACUGGUGGAGUCAAUUUUUUUUGUGAAGAAUUACUAAGUGUAUUCUCUAUCCAUUGCGGUUCAUGUACUUACCUACCUCUAUAGAAAAAUGGAGAAUUAUAUUCUAAGUGAAAUAAUGGAGAGUAAUCAAAAUGUAGAUAUUAUUCUUCAAAUCGCUUUGGAAUUGGCAGAACCAAUUCGAUUAUUGGAGGAAAAUGAUGGUGGUAGACCAGUAAUACCACGAAAUGAAAAUUAUUAUGAAAUCACAAUAAGGAGUUAUGAAGGAAACUUAUUCUCCGAACACUUUCGCAUGAUGCGACCUACAUUUGAGAAAUUACUACAAAACCUAGCAAAUAUUGGUGCUGUGAGACCUGCAGUAAUACCUUUCGAAAAAAAAGUGUUAUUCACUAUUUGGGUACUUGCUAAGCCCGAGUCAUUUUUGGCAGCUGGUGAUAGGUUUGGGUUUGCGAGAAGUACUGCCCAUAUGGUUUUCAAAGAAAUUGUUGAAAUUAUAAGGCAAAUGAUGCCCCAGUUGAUAUCUUGGCCAGUGAAUCAUCAACAAGCUAUAAAUGUAUUUCGAGAAAGAUCCCAUGGAUUUCCUGGUGUUGUAGGAGCUAUUGAUGGAUGUCACAUCCCAAUAAAACAACCAAAAAACAAUGCCACCGAUUACUACAACAGAAAAGAAUUCCAUUCGAUAAUUUUGCAAGGUGUCUGCGAUCAUCGAAUGGCUUUCAUUGAUGUAUUUAUUGGGAUGCCAGGGAGAGUACAUGACGCAAGAGUGUUCAGAUCUAGCGACAUCUAUCAGAAAUUGAUAAAUGCAAAUAACCCCUUAUUGUCUAGAGAUAUGCAUUUGCUUGGCGAUUCUGCUUACCCUCUGAUGACAAAUUUACUGACACCAUAUAGGGACAAUGGCCAUUUGAAUGAUAUUCAAAAUAACUACAAUUAUAGAAUGAACUCCAUUCGUUCAGUAAUCGAAAGAACAUUUGGGCGAUUGAAAGGAAAAUUUCGACGUUUGAAGUAUUUAGAUAUAGGAGAUCCUGAUUUUGGAACACACAUAAUCAGUGCUGCAUGUGUUCUUCACAAUUUUUUAAUACUGAAUGAAGUGGAAGAAGAUCCUCAAGAAGUACUAGAAGAGGAUCUACCACUACCAAACCCAGAAGGGGACGUUGCAGAUGAGGGUGGAAAUGACAAAAGGGAUAACAUCGCAAAUAUGUUAUUAUAAAUAUUUUAUUUAGAAAAUACAUUAUUGUUUUUUUGAAGAAUUAAAAAAAUUUUCUAAAAUUUCAUUUCUUCGUUCUUGAAUUUCAUUGUGUCUUUCAAGUGCUUCCCGAAGAAGUUUGAUUUCGUUGACACGGGCAGUCUC